AUGGAUCCUCAUAUCCAUGCCAUUGCCCAAACUGCCUUCUCCUGUCCCCGUGAAGCAGAGGAGACCCUUCAGAGCAUAAAGAAGCACAUAGAGGUCAUUGAGAAAGCUUGUGCAAAGUUUUCUCAAGACAACUUUUAUGCUACAAUACAAGCAGAGAGGGAGGAAGAAGAAGUCAUUUAUGAGGAUGUCGUGGAGCAUACAACAAUUGUCACGAAGAGCUCUCAUGAUGAUCAUGAUUAUGAAUGUCCUGUUGUAGUCGACCACACCUUUCCACAUCCCACACCGAGCUUUGAAGAGGCGAGCAUGAGUGAGGACAUGCGAGAUGAUGUCAUGAAAGAAAUUGCUUGGCGACUUGCUCACCAAUCCGUGCUAGAAGAAGAAGAGCGAGAAAGGAUGAGGAAAGAAGUUGUGCAGGAUGGCGGAAGUGAAUUAAAGGAAGUUCUUGAUCUUUUCCUCGGGGAGGAAUCAAAUUCUGAGGAAGGAAGGGGGGUUGAAGAAGCAAUUGGCGUCUAG